AUGGACAAGGAAGCUUAUGCGCCAUCGACCGUCAGCGAGUUCAAGAAGCUCGUAAACAGCAUAAACAAUACGAUCGACAAGCUGAGGAAGGCGGGAGCUCUUACGAGAAGGGAAGCGUUGGCCGCCAAAGCCAGUGAUACCGCGAUGGCGCGCUUCUACGGCCUACCAAAGGUCCACAAGCAGGGGGUGCCGCUACGCCCCAUCGUCUCCUUACGUGGAACUCCAGCCUUUGGGCUGUCAAAGUGGCUGUACCAGCAACUUUGUUUCCUUACCAAGGAUUCGGAGUGGACAGUGAAGUCGGCUGAAGAGUUCUUGACGCGCAUCAAACAUCUCGAGGUGGAGGCAGAUGAGGUGAUGGUGUCAUUCGACGUGAUCUCAUUAUUCACCUCCAUCCCACCCGCGCUGGCUAUCGACACUAUUGAUGGCUUUCUCCGGGAAAAGUAUGAUGAAACCGACCAACAGCUCAAACGGGCACACAUCAUCGAGCUCCUAGAACUGUGUCUUAAGACCUUCUUUACAUUCAACGGCCAAGUCGACGAGCAAAAGAAGGGGACACCGAUGGGCUCGCCUCUGUCUGGACUAAUUGCCGAAGCAGUUUUGCAGAGACUCGAGCAGCAGGUCUUUAGCUCGUACCCCCCGAUGUUCUGGGCCAGAUACGUCGACGACACGUUCGUUGUAAUCAAGAGGAGCGAGGUGAAGGCUUUCAAGGCAUUGUUGAACUCCAUCUUUCCCGAUAUUCAGUUUACUAUGGAAGAGGAAGUCAACAAUCAGUUGUCCUUCCUGGACGUACAAUUUUGCAGCACGAUGAUUACUUUAAGACUUUACUUUAGUAUUUUUUUUCGAAACGAAAACGCAUUUCGGAAUUUUAGUUGA